AUGCCUUAUAUCUAUAAGCUUCGUUUCUUGAUGACUCUGGCAGCGAUAGCUACGAGUUUGCGACUCCUCUUUGGCAUUUGCUCUCCACAUCCACCUUCUGCCGCUGCAUCUCCACUGGCUCACACGGACAUGGGUACCACAUACUCCAGCACCGACACCAGAAAACUGGCUUAUAUGACUUCACUCACAAAUACAACCAACAACGACUUUCAAUUCACGGCCACUAGAAUGCUAGGAUAUCAAUUACUCCACCAAGCGACCACAAAAACACAACGAAGGAUUCCGUUUGUGGUGUUAGUGACUACAGAUGUGAUACAAGAGACCCGCGAUUUGUUGAUAGCAGACGGCGCAGUGGUCAUUCCAGUCUCUGACCUUUACAACACUUCUUCUUUUCGCCCUGACAACAACACUUCCUUCUUAGGUUCUGGCACAGACACCGCACUCAAAGCAGCAGCUUGGACCUUGACUUCCUACGACCUAAUCGCCUUUCUAGACGCAAACGUAGUCUUGAAUCGCUGCAUGGACGCAAUAUUCGACGACACUGCCGUUGCUUCUCAGACAACUCUGCUCGGCCACCACGACUCGACACUGCCAAAGAACUACAUCUUUGCAGCAUUGCCGGAAGUAAAUGCUAUACACGACUACCCUCCUGCAACCAAAGAUUUUGCAAACCUGGAUACUUUGAGCAGCGCUGUGUAUCUGUUUCGCCCAGAUAUAAGACUAUUCCGAUAUUUCGUUAACGUCUUGUCGACACCGCAACAACUUCUACCUUCAAGCCCUAGUGGUCAGCAAUUGCUCAAUCAUGCGUUCAAUCGCAAGGAUAACAUGCCUUGGAGACAGCUCGAUCAGCGUUGGCACAUCAAGUUUCCCCAUCCUAGAGAUGUGGAGGGAGGGGUGGCUAGUAUGUACAUAGACAGCUGGUGGUAUGAACAUAUGCACACACAGUUGCGUACAUACUACGAUUCGAUCAUGUGGAGGAUGCAGGGAUUCUAUGAGUUGAGGGGUUGA